AUGGAGAACGUAUCUGCCAACCGAUGCUAUCACCCUAAAAACUUUGGUGCAGUAGUGGUACGAAACGAAAUCCAUGCAUUUUCUGAUGCAAGUAAAGAAGCUGUUGGAGUAGCAGCGUAUCUGAAGCAACUCAACCAGAAGGGCGAAGUGAGUGUUAGUUUGGUAUUUGGUCAAGCAAAAGUUGCACCAAUCCGACCGACAAGCAUUCCUCGGCUCGAGCUGUGUGCAGCUGUAUUAUCUACGAAGGCUGUGAAGAAGUUACGAACGGAACUUGAUUUAAAGAUAGAUAAUGUUAAGUUCUAUACAGACUCCAAAGUCGUCCUAGGAUAUAUCACCAAAGAUGCAUGUAGAUUCCGCGUAUAUGUCGCCAACCGAGUCCAGAUAAUCAGUGAUACAACCAAGCCUCAACAAUCGAACUACGUUGACACGUCUACAAACCCAGCAGAAUUAGCAACUCGUAUCUAUUGACGAGGCGGCGUCGCCAAUAAUAGACGACAUCACUAUUAACGAAAACGAUCCCGAAGUUAAAGUCAACUUGUAUGUGACCAGUUCAACACGAGAAACGAGUCUGAAGUCAAUACGGUUCGAACGCUUCUCGGAUUGGCUAAAACUUCAGCGCGCGGUAGCCUGUCUCAUCGCCAAGAUAAGAGACCGGAAAACAAGCAAAGACUACGAAACCUUGAUGAUGGUCAAAGCGUUGAGAACGAACACCGACACCCGACAUCGAAAGAUUCUAACGAAAGUGCGAAAAUAGCAAUCAUAAAAGCGGUGCAAAACGAAGUCUUCGCAAAUGACAUUAGUGUGCUAAAAAGAGUAAACAAGGAGACGGAAAAUCGUGAUCAACUGAAAGAACAACGAAGGACACUCCUUAAAUCUAAUCUCGCAGAAUUAGAUCCGUUCCUAGAUCAGGAUGGGGUUCUCUGA